CAUCUUCUUCAUCUCUUCUUCCCCAAUUUACUGUAACAAAACCUUAUCUUCAUCCCCCCCCCCCUCUAUCACGUCCACCUGAACCUUGAACCGUUCCUCAACCUGAAAAACCCAAACCUAAAAACCCAAACACGACCAGAAAGAGGAAUCCAAACAAGAGAUCAAGAGAGAGGAAGCCAGAACUAGUUCGAGAGAUGGUCAUUUCUUAGAGAGUUGCAGAUGCUGUAAACACAGACCAAUCUUGUGGCCAAACCUUGAUCCUGAGCAAUACCCAACUGUCACAAUGAAGCACAGACCAAUUUCUCAGUCCUUAACGCCGCCGUGGUAGCAAGCAACACAGAACUGGAUGGUGAUGAUGGAGGAAAGGAAGCCCGCCCCACCGUCGGCGGCGACCUCUUCUCCAAGCGCAAAACCCUCCCCCCUUCCAACCCAGAAAAACUACCCGCCAAACCCUUUCCCUCUCUUCUCCCAUCCACGACUUCUUCUUUUUCUUCUCUCUUCCUCUUCCCCUGUUUCUCAAUCCUCUUCCUUGUUUCUUCCUCCUCCCAGUCACAAAAGACGACGCCAAAACCCUCUCUGGCUCAUCGACCUCCGACGACUCAGACUGCGACUGUGGUGGGGUGAAGAAGCGGUGGGGCUGCGUGUUUGGAUGAAGGAGAAGAUUGGGAAUUUUUUUUUUUGAUAUGUUAGUUUUGUUAAAAAAAAAUUUGUUACAUUCUGAUGUUAGUCUCAUUAAUUCAGUCAGCAUGUUUAUUCAUCACUUGCCGGAGCUCCGGCCUCCGGCGAGGACUUGUUCCAGACUUAUUGCAAACGAGAGGACCCAGAUUUGCAAAUUUUCCGGAGAGGGACUAAUUUCAGACGACGAGACAAAGACAGGGACCAAGUAGAUGAUUAACCCUUAAUUUAAGGCUGUCUGCAAGUUAACAUGGACCUGACUUUGACAGAAGAAGACGCUGCUUUCUGGGUUUACAGAGGCGAAGGUGCUGUUAAUCUUGUUCUUGCUUACACUGGAUCCUCCCCUUCUUAUAUUGGGAAGGUGAUACGAAUACGCAAAGUUCCAAACAAUGGGUCGAAGUCACAGGGUGUGAGGAACUCCAUAGCUUUGACACCACAUGAACGCCUCAUCUGGAAAGAUGUGCAUGAACUCAUUUCAUUUUCUGACAAGGAAAUUGCAGGUCAACUCUUUGUCCAGCAUGUUAUGGAGCCUUUGCUUGGUGCCAAGUAUGUUGAUUCUGGGAUGCAUGUCCUGGUGACCAAGGAGUUCCUUGAGUCGGUUGAGAAGAAUAUUUCUAGUUUACGGCCUGCUUGGCGAGUUGAUGCUGCCCGGGUUGAUACACAUUGUUAUUUUGGUCUUCUCAUGUCUGACCAUUCAAUCUUCGCUCAUGGUAGCCAAGGAUCUAGCCCCAGCAUAUCCGUUGAGAUAAAGCCCAAAUGUGGAUUUCUUCCGCUUUCAAGAUUCAUAUCAGAAGAAAAUGCUGUCAAGAAGAGGAUAACUCGAUUUCAAAUGCACCAAGCUCUGAAGUUGCAUCAAGGAGAGAUUUCACACCAAAGUGUGUAUAAUCCGCUUGAUCUGUUCUCUGGAUCCGGGGAAAGAAUUUAUAAAGGUGUCAAGGAUCUCUUUACUACCCCUCAAAACAAUUUUCGUGUAUUUUUAGAUGGCUCUCUCAUACUUGGAGGACUGGGAGGUGGUACAAAAAGUACUGAUGCAUAUACUGCUAAAGUACUUGAAGAUGAACUUAAGUCAGUCAUCCUAGCUGAUGAUGGUGUACGUACAGAGACCUUAUUUACUCUUGUUACUGAGGCUUUGCAAAGAUCAGGUGUCCUUGAUCAGCUCCUGGCAGUUCAGAAGCUUGAUAAUAUUGACAUAGAAGGAGUCAUCCAUGCAUACUAUGACAUUACUUCUCAAGAGUGCAUGGUUUGUAGAGAAUUGAGUGAAGAACAGGCAAAAAAAUAUACUUCUGUGCAUUCUGCUUCAUUGGAUGAAAGCUUGAGAAUUGUAAAAGACUACUUGAUAGCUGCAACUGCAAAAGACUGCAGUUUGAUGAUAUGUUUCAGGGCAAGGAAAGAGGAGGAUUCUGGAUCUGUAUACAGUCAUGUAUAUCUUGAGUCAACUCAGCAAGCCUUUGAUUUUAAGGUGUAUUUUAUUGACCUCGAUUUGAAGCGUUUGGGUAAAAUGGAAGAAUACUAUGAGUUGGAUAAGAAGAUAGUGAGUUGCUACAAACAAAUGAUCAAAAUGGAUCAUGGGAGAAAUGAAGUUCCAAAUUUGCAGGCAUCAUAUUAAUUAAGAUAGUGAGUUUGAUAAUUUUCUUUUCUUCCGUGUGAAAUGUUGUAAAUUGUAAUACUUUUAAAAGGAGAUAGAAAUUAGUUGUAUGUUGCUUCAUAACCCUCCUCACUUAUUGUACUACGCUACUACUUUAAUUUUCUGUAUGUUGGGGCUGUCAGAUUCCCCUUUUACUUACCAUUCCUGUUUGUAUUUGUACUGGAAAUUUGAGAAGGAAGAAAUGAAGGAUGGAAAGCCAUUAUAAA